AUGAACAAACCAGGAGAUUUCCAGAAGUUUGCCAAGGUAUUUCAACAGCAGUUAUCUCGUGUACAACAGAGCGGUGGUAGACGUGGACCUGGUGGUCCACCAAAUUCCCCUCGUGGAGCACUCGGUGCAGCAGGUGCACUACUAGCUCUUGGUGGUGGUGCAUUCUUCUUCAAUAAUGCGUUGUUUAAUGUUGAUGGUGGUCAUAGAGCUAUUGUCUAUUCCCGUAUUGGUGGUGUUUCCUCUAGAAUUUAUCCUGAAGGUACACAUCUCCUCCUACCGUGGUUUGAAACACCUGUGGUUUACGACGUGAGAGCUAAACCACGUAACGUUGCAUCCCUGACUGGUACUAAAGAUUUGCAAAUGGUUAACAUAACUUGCAGAGUUCUUUCACGUCCAGAUGUCGGACAGUUACCAGUUAUCUACCGUACAUUGGGUCUUGAUUACGAUGAAAGAGUUUUACCAUCUAUUGUGAACGAAGUUUUGAAGGCCGUCGUUGCACAGUUCAAUGCAUCUCAGUUGAUUACCCAGAGAGAGAAAGUUUCCAGAUUAAUUCGUGAGAACUUAGUUCGUCGUGCCAGCAGAUUUAAUAUCCUUUUAGAUGAUGUUUCCAUUACCUACAUGACAUUUUCACCUGAAUUUACGGCUGCAGUGGAGUCUAAGCAAAUCGCUCAACAAGAUGCCCAAAGAGCCGCAUUCGUUGUGGACCGUGCACUACAAGAGAAGCAAGGUUUGGUUGUUAAAGCUCAAGGUGAUGCCAAGUCCGCGGAACUAAUUGGUGAGGCGAUCAGAAAAUCAAAGGAUUACGUCGAAUUGAAAAGAUUAGAUACCGCUAGAGAAAUCGCACAAAUUUUGUCACGCUCACCAAACAGAGUGGUUCUUGACAACGAAGCUCUCUUGUUGAAUACUGUCGUUGAUAACAGAUCAAAGAAAUAA